AUGGAAUAUUUGAUUGCAAUUCCUUUAACUUGUUUGGUGUUCUAUUGCAGAUCAGCAAAGAUGUUUCAAAAUUCUUUGAGACCAAAUUUAUACAGCUUAACUUCAAAGAUUAUUUCGAAAUCUGGGACUACACAACAAUGUCAAAAGAAUGUCUCAUGGUUGUUAAAUCAUAGCAAAUAUAAAAGCCGUUCAUCUAUUCCCAUUUCGUGUUACCCAUUUAGUACAACAUGCCGUCUACAGCAGACUAAAGGGGGUAUUAUUGAAAGUGCAUAUAAACCAGUAUCUAUACCUGACAAUAUGGACUUUGGUUCUUUUAUACUCUCUCAAUUAGAAAAAUACAAAGACAGGCCACUCAUUAAUUUCUCUAAUUUUCUACCUAUUCACACCUGUUACGAGUUUCCAAUUGAAUGUUGUUUUAUUCAUAUAGAAUCAAAUAUCAAUGUUUUAAAACCAAAAUGUUCUGUUUACAGAAAUUAUUUAGAAACUUGUCUUUGUUUUGUAGAGGAGUUGAAGUUUCAUUUGGAGAAUUCUAAGAGCUGUGCAAUAAUAACUACAGAAGAGUUGGUAUCAACGGUUAAGGAAGCUGUGGGUACCAGUGAAACUAUUAAACUGAAGGAAAUUAUUGUGUUUGGGAAUUCACAUGGUUGUCGUCCAUUCUCAACCCUUGUAGAAGAUGAUGGAACUGCCUUAACAGAAGUUUACUCUGGCAAUGCUAAAGAAGAUGUUCUUGUAUUACCUUAUUCAAGUGGAACAACUGGAUUACCUAAAGGGGUCAUGCUAACACACCAUAAUAUUAUUUCAAACAUUCUACAACUUACUAUUCUUGAAUUUAAUAUAUCUGAUCGAAUCCUUGGAAUUCUUCCUUUUUACCACAUCUACGGAAUGGUCUGCAUACUGUUUAGUAUUAUUACAAAUGGGUGUUCAAUAUACACUUUACCAAAAUUUGAACCAGAAACUUUCUUAUCUACAUUAAGCAAGAAUAGGGUAAGGAAAUUAGCAGAAUCAUUUUUAAUGAUUUUCAUUCUAAAUAAUUUCAUGACAUUAUUAAACAUUUCCUAAAAUUAUAUUCAAAUG